CUUGGCACCUGUGAAACUCGACUUCAACGCGUUGGCCAAAACGCAAGUCGCAUCUUCCAGCGUCUACCUCCCAUCUCGAGCUCCAUCUUCCGCGCUUCCGCCUCUUCCUCGCUCCAUCAUGCCUUACGAGAGCUUUGCCGGCGGUGCUGCCAAGCGCGUCUUUGCCAUCCUCAAUGUGACCUUGGACGUCGACCAAGAUGCGUAUGUGUACGAGGUCCAGAUCUCGAUGCCCGUGUACCUCCCCGAGAGCGACGUCAAGUACCACGUCUACUCGGUCCUGCGCCGCUUCAACGACUUCAAGCGACUCUACGAAGGCGUCGGCGACGUCGACGGGCUCAAGCUGCCCGAGUACGGCCUCUGGAGCGUCCUCCGCGCCGACGACGCAGCAUUCCUCUCGCAGCGCAAGCUCGGGCUCGAGACGAUGCUCAAGACGAUCGAAGAGAAUCCGACCGCGAGUCGAUCCGGGGCGUUUGCCGAGUUCCUCGCGUCGCCGCAGAUGAAGCUCAACGGCGACGUGUCCUUCCAGCAGCUCACGACGACCGAGAGCAAGAGUCGGGCCAACUCGGCCGACCGGUCAUCGAACGCAACGCUUGUCGCUGACGACGAAGCCACGUCGGUCGACCCGUAGUCCCACGAUCUCCCACUCCUUCUCCUCCUCUACCUGACCAUGCUGCUAAUUUAUAACGACGACGACGAUGAAUCCACCA